AUGACGCUCUGGGCCUCGCAAGUCAUCAAGCUAAUUCUGCCGUUGCCCUUUCCCACUGGUUGCAACGAUUUCUGGAAGGAGCAAGGCUUCAGCGGCCUCUACAUCUCGCCGCCAUGGUCGCUGGAGGCAUUGAAAAGCCCGGGCUUUGACGACGCAGGCUGGUCGCGAUCCAUGGACCCCAAGGAUCUCAUUGUUGACAGCUUGACCUUCCACAUCCGUGUCCAGCCAAGGCUGAAGGUUCUCCCAGGUGAAAGCCCGGAUGCCCCGCCGACCAUGGAGGUACGGUUGCAACUCGAUUUGGACCUCCGCCCCGUCUUCCGUACUCCUGGGCCGAAGCCAACCACGACAACCACGUCAACGAAGCCAUAUGACCGCCGACGCCGUGGUCAAUUUGAUCCCCCGCCGCGUGAGGUCUUGAUGUGGUGCGAAAAAAAUCUUCCCCAAGAUUCUUGCGGUAUCGUGCUCAGAGUCCUCAUCAAUUCAUUGUGGACCUGCUUCCGAUGCUGUCCACGAGAGCCUUGGUGCAAAGUCUGUCCCUUCGCGUGUCCUCUUGGCUCCCACCCGAGCAUCAUCUACCAGCUUAACGGGCUGCCAGGGGUUGAUUUGGCUGCUCCAGGCGAGCUCAGCGAGCUGGAGUGGUUUGCGGAGUCACCUCAGUGGCCUGAGAACUUGACCAUUCCUGCCGGAUUUCUUUUCGACACCCCUGACUUGUACAAAUUGCUCUCCACAGCCGAGAGGCAGCGAGUGCAAGACUUCAAGGGCGUGUCGGUCACUGACGGCGACUGCCCCGUGCCUUUCGCGAUCGGCGGCGGUUGCAAAUGCAAAGAGGGCUGCUCUCCGCUGCCCUACUUGAACUCAGACUUCACAUCGGGCACGGGCCUUUCCUGCGAGGGGCCAUGGCCUCCACCUAUCGACUUGGUGGCCAUUCACAAGACGAUAUGUGGGCCUAGGAGGGUUCAUAAGGCUUUCGCGCAGGGCAAGACAACGCAGCGUGGCGGAAUCUAUGUGAGGUGCGAGGUGGGAACGUUGAUAGGUGGUGCUUGCAGUAAGUUUUUGCCAUACGAUGGCGCCGAGAUCCUAGCUGCGUUUCCUGACGAUCGGAACACGUUCCGAUGCUUCGGAACUGGCGAGUGGAGUCAGGAACCAGUCCACUAUACAGUGGCCCGUGGAUGGUGUCUGGAGCUUGAGGGAAAUGAGAAGGUCAUCAUGGUCAGGAGGGAAGGUCGUGACAAUGCUUCUGUCCAAUGUCCUGAUGGUUAUCAGGUUGUGGGAGGGGGGUGCACCUUUAUCGAAGGCACGGAGUUCACGCUUCGCGAGUCCUACCCAACAUCCCAGAACACAUGGGAGUGCAUCUUUGACUCGACACGGUCCUGUGGCGAAGGUAGUCCGGUGUGUCUGCGCAGUGAGGCCCGCGCUAUUUGCCUGGGCGUUGCAAGUGCGCAGUAA